AUGCAUGAGCAGCUGAAGCGUCGCCUUGAGAAUCGUCUCCGUGAGCUUGAAGGCCACGGCCGUACGCAGGCUCAGCAUUUGCAGCAGCAGCAGCAGCAGCAGCAGCAGAAUGCGGAGGCAAGAGCAGCACUACGAGUUCGCAAGAUUAAAGAAAUCGUUAAGAAAGAAGGAAAUUUCUAUGAAAUUGUUAAAUUAAAACCCUUAGGAAAAAGUAUCAACGCUAGUGAUGAGCCUUAUACCCAUGUAUUGGAGCGUCAAUAUUCAUCUUUAUUUCAAUCUGCUUCUGCUGCUGCUGCUAAGAGUGGAUUAAGUGGGUCAGGCAGCAGCAACGAGAGAGCUAAGCCAUUAGAUCCUCUUAUAAGGGAAGAUCAACAUAUACCAAGAAGGAAAUAUAUUAAUAUUCAUGACUUUGAUGCUGCUGGUGCUGCAGCAGGAUUCGUACCUGCUGUAUAUAGAGAAAGGGGCACAAAAGAACUACGUGGUAUCAUGCUCUCCUUGUAA